UACAGGUGGGGUCCUCCCCAUUUAGGUUCAGUGACUGCCUGGAGCUCUGAUUGCCUGACUUCCAAACUGGAAACCACAUGAAAAUAUAUUCUCCAACAAUUACAACACAAUCUAGCGAGCGAGGAAUCAAGGCGUCGCCGUAACCACGUGGAAACUAUCGAACCGCGCACAACUUUACGACAGCACGACGGCAAACCGCACGCGCCCGAUGGCAGACAGCGCGCCGCCCAAUAAGGCGGGCAACGGCGCGGCGGACACGACGGCCAGCGGGCCAUUCUACGAGAAGCAACGGCAGCGACUUAAGGAACUCAUUGCCAGGAAGCGGACGCUCGAGAAGCGUAUCGCUCUGCAAGAAGACUCCAUCUACAAAAAGGAAACCGAGUACCUGGAGAACACGCCCGGCGGCAACAUCAUCACGGGCUUCGACAACUACACCAAGGGCACAGGCAACGCGGCGUCGGCGCGGCGCAAGACGGGGCUGACGGACGCGAACCGUGUCUUCUCGCGCAGCUCGACGUCGUAUAACUCGAGCGCAGACGCGCAAACUCCGGUCUCAACGCCCGCGUCGCACGCCCCCACACCGCUGUCAACCUCGUUCAGCAAUAAGGACAAGGACGGCGCUGCCUCAGGCGGCAUGCCUACGCCAACUUCGGCCACGGCCGCGACUUCCAAAAAUGCGUCAAAGAAGGGCAAGCGCGCGACCGCUGCUACGGCUGCAGCCGCGGCGGCGGUUGCUGCUGCGGCCUCGACCAGCGGUGCCGGCGGUGGCGGAGAGGACAGCGAAACGGACUCGCGCGAGACCAAGAAAGUGCGGACCAACUUUGGGGCGGUGCGCAAGUGAAGCCGUUGCCUGUUCUGUUUUUUUAUUAAUGAGAGUAUGGGUUUAAGUACGAUUAU